UUACCCCACUUUCAUUUCUGGCUCACACUAGCUCUGUCUCUCUCUUUCUCUACAUUAUUGGGUUUUAUUUUCUUUUUAUCAGUUUUUUUUUUUUUCUUAAAGUAAUAUGAGAAUGUUCUUGAAGAGUGAAUCUAUGUUGGCUGUGUUUAUACUCAUUCUUUUAGCUUCUGUUUCUAUUCUUGCUGCAGUUGAUGAAGAACCAUUUAUUGGUGUUAAUAUUGGAACGGAUCUUUCUGACAUGCCCCACCCAACUCAAGUAGUAGCCCUCCUCAAAGCCCAGCAAAUCAGGCAUAUCCGGUUGUACAAUGCUGAUCGUGGCAUGUUAGUUGCACUUGCAAAUAGUGGCAUUCAGGUCAUGGUCUCUGUCCCCAAUGAACAGCUGCUGGGAAUUGGUCAGUCCAAUUCUACAGCAGCUAAUUGGGUGUCCCGCAAUGUUGUGGCUCAUUAUCCAGCUACCAAUAUAACAGCCAUUUCAGUAGGUUCUGAGAUUCUCAACACCCUUCCAAAUGCAGCACCAGUCCUUGUCAAUGCCAUGAAGUUCAUUCACUCAGCCCUGGUGGCAUCCAAUCUAGAUCGCCAAAUCAAAGUUUCUACACCCCUUUCUUCUUCUAUAAUUCUUGAUUCUUUCCCACCUUCCCAAGCUUUCUUUAACCGCUCCUGGAAUCCUGUUUUGGUUCCAAUGCUCAAUUUCUUGCAGUCCACAGGUUCAUACCUCAUGCUCAACGUAUACCCUUAUUAUGAUUACAUGCAAUCAAAUGGCGUAAUUCCUUUAGAUUAUGCACUUCUCAAGCCUCUUGCUCCGAACAAAGAAGCCGUUGAUGCUAAUACACUUGUCCACUAUUCCAAUGUCUUUGAUGCUAUGGUUGAUGCAGCAUAUUUUGCCAUGGCUUUUCUAAACUUCACCAACAUUCCUGUUGUGGUCACUGAAUCUGGCUGGCCAUCGAAAGGUGACUCUAAUGAGCCGGAUGCAACUAUAGAUAAUGCCAAUACAUACAACAGCAAUCUGAUCAAGCAUGUUUUGAACAAAACUGGAACCCCAAAGCAUCCUGGAAUUGCUGUCAGUACAUAUAUUUAUGAGCUUUAUAAUGAGGAUACAAAACCUGGACCAGUCUCAGAGAAGAACUGGGGACUAUUUAAUGCAAAUGGGGAGCCUGUUUACAUAUUGCACUUGACUGGAUCUGGGUUGGUGCUAGCCAAUGAUACAACAAACCAGACUUUCUGUACUGCAAAGGAAGGUGCGGAUCCGAAGAUGCUGCAGGCUGCUUUGGAUUGGGCAUGCGGACCUGGAAAGGUUGAUUGCUCAGCUUUGUUGCAGGGAGAAUCAUGCUAUGAACCGGACAAUGUAAUCACGCAUGCAACUUAUGCUUUUGACAGUUAUUAUCAUCAGAUGGGGAAGGCUCCUGGAACAUGUGACUUCAAUGGUGUGGCAUCUAUUACCACCACAAAUCCAAGUCAUGGCACCUGUAUAUUCUCUGGAAGCUCUGGGAAGAUAAAUGGUAGUUUGGUCAAUAUCACAGCUCCAUCUAUGAAUUCAACAAGCUCCGAUUCGCCUGCUCGAAACUUUUGUAACAGCACGUUCAUGAACAUGUCAAUGCUUAUGGGGGCUGUAAUGUGGAUCCUAGUUGUGUUGUAGAUUAGUGAUAAAUGGUGAAAUGCUCUGCAAAACUCAUCCAAAUUUUGUGAAAAGGCUCUUCAACUUGUUGAGGGUGUCUUGAUGGUUAGAAGGGUAUUUUCUUUUAGGUUAGUGGUAAAUUGAAUUUUGUACAAAAGAAGCUGAUUCAAGCCUGGACUAUAAGUUUGGCUUCAGAACUGAGUUCUAUUAUUCUUUUCAAUGAGAGCUGUGAUUGCUGUUCUA